GAGAUGAGCUUGAGAGGGUUUUCUGAAAUAGGAAAGUAUGUUAAGGUAAGAUAUCUUAAUAUCUUUCUCCAAAUUUCUAUUUAUAUUGACAAACGUCAAAUCCGGGUGUAAUACUAUUUAUUAGCAAGGUGCGGAAGUCAAUAGCUCCGAUUAUCUUGUUGAUGUGAAUCGCUUUCCUUAUUAUAAAAUUGCUUCGAUCGGAGGGUUGAUUUGGGUGGUAAUUCCCUACACAAUGCUACGCUCUAGUCUCUUCCAAGUAGUUGGGGUAUAUCAAAAUCAAUUCCUUCUGCCUGCAUUUUUCCCACAGAUUUGCCCAUAGAUGCGUCAAUGAUGUUUGGAUUGCAUCACUGCCUUCGAUUCUCUAUCUCCCAAUCUUUACAAACCCUAACACUUUCUACCCGCUCGAUAUCAAGAACAGUGAACUCGAAGGCCGGAUUUCGAACGGUGGUGAGUUAUGGGGCCUCCUCCGAUUGUUCGAAGAAGUUCCUGUUCCGUCAGCUUUUCGAGAAGGCGUCUUCUACGUACACUUAUCUGCUUGCUGAUGUCUCACACCCUGAUAAACCAGCUCUGUUGAUUGAUCCCGUAGACAAAACAGUGGAAAGGGACCUUUCGCUAGUUAAAGAGUUGGGUUUGAAGCUUAUUUAUGCUAUAAACACCCAUGUCCAUGCUGAUCAUGUCACUGGAACGGGCUUGAUAAAGAAUAAGGUUCCUGGUGUCAAAUCUAUUAUUUCAAAAGCUAGCAAUUCCAAAGCUGAUCUUCUGAUUCAAGCUGGUGAUAAAGUAUGUUUUGGUGAUCUGUUUUUGGAGGUUCGCGCUACUCCUGGUCACACAUUAGGAUGUGUUACCUAUGUUACAGGAGAAGGGCCUGACCAGCCUCAACCAAGGAUGGCUUUCACUGGUGAUGCUUUACUGAUACGCGGAUGUGGGAGAACGGAUUUUCAGGGGGGAAGUCCGUAUCAACUGUACAAGUCAGUGCAUUCACAGAUUUUCACAUUGCCCAAGGAUACAUUGGUCUAUCCUGCUCAUGAUUACAAAGGAUUCACUGUUAGUACUGUGGGGGAGGAGAUGAUGUACAAUCCUCGGUUGACAAAAGAUGAGGAAACCUUUAAGAAUAUCAUGGAAAAUUUGAACCUAGAAUAUCCAAAGAUGAUUGACAUAGCUGUCCCUGCAAAUAUGGUCUGUGGCUUGCAAAAUCUCUAUGCAAAGCCUUCUGAGGCUGUGUCAAAGUAGGCGUGACAAGGUUUGAACUGAAGGAGAGCUCCACUUGUUAAGUUCUCCAAGAAAUUGCCAUUUUCGACAUGUAUUACAGAUUGGCAAGGGGAUGAUAGAGAUACUAUGCUUGUAUUUUGGUUGGCAGUUACGUAUGUAGACUAGGUAGUGUGAAAAUGUGUAUUAAAGUACAAUCCAAUGUGAAGAGUUUGACACGAAGUAAAUGUUUUUAGUAUUAAAUAUUGUAUCUUAUGUUUUCAACAAAUAUUCACUGGUAA